CUUUCCUUUUCAUACUUUAUCCUUCACCCACUUGCAAUGACUUCACGAAUGUCAUCGCAAAGCCCUCUGCGGCUCUUAUCCAUAGGCUUUCUUAUCGGUGUCCUUUGCACAUUUCUCAUGUCUUGUGCACUAACAGGCACCGAUCACUCUGGCGCACAUGCUCAUUGGGGCUCCUUAGUCCGUCGUCAAGCUGCAGAUACUGGCAUUCUCAAGCUUGGCAAUCCAGGACCAGUUGUGGACUUGUUACAGCGUGAGGAGUAUGUUGCUUCAUACGAUCGUCGCAAUCGUCUUCCUCAUUGGGUUGGUGAACAUCUCACGGCGCAAUCGCUUCAAGCGGGCGAGAACGUCGAUCGCGACAGGUCCAAUUUUAAGGAGGACAAGGAUAUUCCGGCCAUUUUCCGAGCUCGCCUGAGCGACUAUACUCGCAGCGGUUAUGAUCGUGGUCAUAUGGCGCCUGCAGCCGACGCUGUUUACUCUCAGGACGCCAUGGACCAAACGUUUUUCUUAACUAACAUGUCCCCUCAAGUCGGCAUCGGGUUCAACCGCCAUUACUGGGCGUACCUCGAAGGCUUUGUUCGCGAUUUAACAAAUAAUUAUACCGACGUUUAUGUCUACACUGGACCUUUGUUCCUCCCUCGUAAUAAUGACACGGGCUAUAUUGACAUUGAUCAAGAAACCGCGCCCACCAACGCCAAUAAUCCAGGCUACUUCAUGGAAUACCCGCUUCUCGGCAAGAUACCUAAUGUAGCAGUUCCUACCCAUUUCUUCAAGAUCGUGCUUGUGUCUUCUGGUAGCGAUUCCGACUAUUUGUUGGGCGUGUUUGUAUUGCCAAACCAAUCCAUCAAUAGCAAGACCCCGUUGACCGACUUCCAAGUACAACUGAGCUCAGUCGAACGAGUAUCUGGGCUACAGUUUUUCAGCGAAAUGGAUCGCAACUCUUUUGGAGAACUUUGUUCAAGUUACACUUGCGAGUUAUAGAUUUUUGCUGCUGUUUUUUUUUUGUCUAUACCUUACUUUUUGCUUACCAAGCUAAACCCUUUUUUGAAUUGACCUGGGCCCAGAAUUAAUAACAUGAUGGUGGUGGUUGCUGGAGUCUUCAACAUUUUACGCCACUCCUGAAUAUAAAUAUUUAUCACAGA